AUGGGUCUCAGCCACUUUGCACUCCCCUGCGGCGAACACUACGUCGAGAUGCGAGAUUUCUACAAAGCCAUCCUUGCACCAAUAGGCUACGAGUUCAAGUUUGAAGCUCAAGGACCUACAGGCGCAUACUACUGCGCGUUUGGCGAGAAGAACAAGGGUCCUGACUUUUGGCUUGGCGGCGGGGGCAGUUCGCUCAAGAAGUACGACGGCAAUAUGGAGAACAGAACGUGUCCUGUUCAUUUCGCUUUCGAUGCUGAGAAUCCGAAGCAUGUUGAUGAGUGGCACGAGGCUGCCAUGAAAGCCGGUGCCGUUGAUAAUGGAAAGCCUGGGCCGAGAAAUUACAGGCCUGGGUACUAUGCUGCGUUUGUUCUCGAUCCUGUUGGAAACAACGUCGAGGUUCUUCAUUUGGGUUGA